AUGCGUUGGUUACAUCAGCAGGAUGGCUUCGCCACCGGCGCAGUACAUGAUUUAUGGAAGGGUAUUCAAUCGCAACUGCAUUUAGUCGAGUCAAGAGAUCGCAAAAUUCCAUUUGAUCAGUGGAAGCCGCGGGAGAAACUCGAGGCAUACAUUUUCUUCUAUCAAAUCUCAAACGGAUUCGUUCCAGAUACAGAUGAAGACAACUGGAUUUUCCUUGGCUUCUGCACGGCUCGAGAUCAUCAUGGUGUUACGACGCUAGCAAACCUCUACAGGGUGCUUAUCGGCAAGUGCAAAUUUCAAGAGUUUUGGAAGGCCAUGGAACAGUCUGAUAUGGUCGGUCUGUUUAAAAAGUACGGCCUUGGGCAUGCCAUCCCGCAACUGCGUAAUUUCGGAACCCUCAUGAACGUUGUGGGAACCUGGUACCAGAGUGUUUGGGAAUUAAAGCGCUUUACUCGACUGCCGACCGUAGAACCGAUGCAAGCUGUCGCUUUAGAUUAUGGGUUCUACAAUUGUCAGACACCGCAGGAGCGAAUGGCUCUUCGACGGAUGUACGCGGAGUUCUUCGACCGGGGUGGGGACGAAAUGAAACUUCAUUUGGCCUGCAUAAGUGGCCAAUUGGCGUUCUUCUUGUUGUUAGAGUUGCAGAAGCUUCCUGUUUCGGCUGAUCUGCUGUCCAAUCCCUACCCGUUAGAACAAUGUGGAUAUAUGGGCAUGGUAGUUGAAAAUGCGGCUCUUUGUUCAGAGUCUAACUACGAGCUUGUGAAGAAAUUGUACGAUGAAAAGGGAGAGAAGGUGGUUAUAUUGACCCAUCCUGAUGAGAAAGAUGAGGGGAUCAACGAGGGCUUUAUAGAACGAUUACAGUUUUUGCGAGAGUCAGUGAGGAUUCGGAUGACCGAUGUUCAAGGGGUGACUGUGAAAGAAAUGGCUACUAUAUCGUGA